CGCUAUCAUAUGAUGAGGAAAUAAUUUACCUGGGUAUUAAAGUGUAAUGUAGCUGCCUGGGUGAGAAGACUUGAAAGUGGAGUUUCUGGAGGUAUAUUUUACUAAACUGCGGCACCUCUUUGCGCCAUCAAGUUUCCCAAACGGCUGAAAGAGUUCCAGGUGGACCGACUUGUACAAUGAUCGCCGCUUUUCUCUUCCUUGUCGGUUUGGUGUCUCAAACUGCGGCUCACUACACCCCGGACUGGACCAGUUUGGAUGCCAGGCCGCUCCCGUCGUGGUAUGAUGAAGCCAAGCUGGGGAUUUUCAUCCACUGGGGUGUGUUUUCUGUUCCGGGCUUUAACAGCGAGUGGUUCUGGUGGCACUGGCAGGGCCAGCAGCCUCCAGACUCAAAGUGCGUGAGCUAUAUGACCAAGAACUACCCACCUGGGUUCAGCUACCCGGAGUUUGCCCCUCAGUUUCACGCGCAGUUCUUUAACCCAGAGGCGUGGGCUGAUAUUUUCAAAGCCUCUGGUGCAAAAUAUGUUGUCCUAACUGCCAAACACCAUGAGGGCUUUACCAAUUGGGGGUCUCCAAACUCUUGGAACUGGAAUUCUGUUGACACUGGUCCUCACAGGGACCUGGUGGGAGAUCUGGGAGAAGCUGUGCGCAACAGGUCUUUGCACUAUGGACUCUACAACUCCUUGUAUGAGUGGUUCCACCCUUUCUAUCUGAAUGACAAGAAGAAUGGAUUCAAAACACAAGAUUUUGUGAUGCAUAAGCUGCUUCCAGAGCUUUAUAACAUGGUUGUAAGGUAUCGCCCUGAAGUGAUUUGGUCUGAUGGGGAUUGGGAGGCACCUGACACCUACUGGAACUCCACCAAUUUCCUGGCCUGGCUCUACAAUGAGAGCCCUGUUAAAGACACUGUUGUGACCAAUGACCGAUGGGGAGCUGGCUGUGCCUGCACACAUGGUGGCUACUAUAACUGCCAAGACAAGUACACUCCAGGCCAGCUGCCAAAGCACAAGUGGGAAAAAUGCACAUCUGUGGACAUGUUGUCUUGGGGUUAUCGUCGAAACAUGAGGCUUAAAGAACUGAUGGAUUUGCCUACUAUCAUUCAUGAUCUGGUCAGCACUGUGGCUCUUGGAGGCAACUAUCUUCUCAACGUGGGUCCCACAGCUGAUGGGAUGAUCCCAGCUGUGUUUGAGGAGAGGCUCAGGGGUGUUGGAGCUUGGAUUGAGAUCAAUGGUGAGGCUAUCUAUGCCUCCAAACCCUGGAGGGUUCAAACAGAAAACAGCACAGUACCUGUCUGGUAUACAUCUAAAGAUGCCAUUGUCUAUGCCAUUAUGACGGCAAAACCACCAAACCUCACAGUGCAACUGUUGAUACCCAAAACAUCAGCAGCCACAAAGGUGACCCUGCUAGGGACUCCUACACCUUUAUCCUGGGGUCCUCUUAACCCCGGAGGUGGCCUUACCAUCCUUCUUCCCGAGCUGCCUUAUAGUCCUGGCCAAGCAUGGACACUCAAACUGGAGGGUGUCCAGUGAGGUUUAAACUCCUCCAGUGUUGACCAGAUGAGAUUUUAUGCUUUGAAUUUGGUAAACUCAUGUUAUUUUUAUGUUUGUAGGAUCAUGGAAUAAUAUAAAGGGAAACUUUUGGUUAAUGGGUUGGCAUUUUUGAAUGAAUGGGAUGCUCCACUUCAGUGAUUUCUCUGUUAAGGGCUAAAUGAUUCAUGCAUCACCACCUCUUAAUAAUCUUAUUAUGAAUGAAUGGAAUCUGUUGUUCAGCUCGUGUUUUCUGUUGAAAAUGAAAGAUCACCUUUAAAAAAACACAAUUUUAUAAAUUUUUAAAAUGUUGGAAUAAAAUAUAUUUUGAAUUCUU